ACGCAUGCGCAAAAGUAGAAUUUCCGCAACCGGAACGCUCAUUUAAAGAGAGAAAUUGUGGUGUAUCACUAAAUUAAGCCCCAUUUCUUUCGAAAUGGAUAUAAAAAACGGAAUUUCGGAGGAGACGUCAACGAUUGACGAAUUUCAGGCAAUUGCCGCAAGUCGGUGGGAUGUAAAAAACCCUACAUCGAAAAGAUCACCAGAUAUGAUUACGAUUUGUGCCUACGAUGAACAGCGAUUGCCCAAUAAUAAUGAGGACAUUACGAAGAUUGCUAAAUAUAGCUCCAACGAAAUUAAUUGUGGUCCCGAUAUUAAUUGUCCUAUAUCAGCGAUCUGUGAGAAAUUCUCCGAAAGGGAACAAGCCAAGGAAAGUAAGAAGAGGAAGAAUAAAGAAAUUUCCGAAUUUACCGAAAAAAAGCAUUGUUCUCGUUCAAUAGCAUUAAAAUCUACGGCGCUCUUCCCUCAUCAUAUAUCUUUUGAUGAUAAUCAAAGACAUGAUGAACAGUCAACGUUUGAACAAGAGUCUCCUAGUUUAUCAGCUCACUUCAAUCGAAAUUGUAUUCGAGAGGAAGUACCGUUUUUUUUUAACGAUCACAGACAUUCUCCUAGAAAGCAUCUGACACAAUUGCUAAAAGACCGUGGAGAACAACCUCGGCCAAAAUCUUUCGGAACUUUCUUACAAUAUUCAUCCUGCUCCCAACUUGGUGAUGGUAUCAUGAAGUGCAUGGAAUGUCGUAAUCAAAGAACUUUAAGUAAUUAUUGUCGAUUUUUUGCUUUUCGAAAAAUACGCUACGACGAAAACGGCUUAAGGGCUGUAGGUUUCAGUGAAAUGUGCGAUAUUCAGGAAGAAGAUACUAUUUUGUGGAAGUCAUUAUAUCCGAUAUCAAAACCGUAUCUUACUCAAGAUAUGGCCAAGUACAUAAUAGAGAGAGUUGCGUUUAAGUUUCUUGAAAUGUUGGAAAUGGAAAGGGAGGCUAUUAAAUUUAAAAACUCUCAAAUGAAGUUAUUUUGGAAGCGACCUUGCCAUCAGAUUAGAGAAAUGUGUGAUGUUUGUAAUACAACGUUAUUCAACAUAAAUUGGGUCUGUGCCAAAUGCGGUUUCUCUGUAUGCAUCGAUUGUUUUAAAUUGAAACUUCACAAUUCAAAAGUGGAAGUAAAGGAAGCUGAGAGAAAAUGGUUAACUUGCGCUUCCAACAACAACGAAAAUCAUUCAACCGACUCACUUAUAAUUGCUCAAAUUAUUCCUGGUUAUGCGUUUUGGACUUUAGGAAAAGACCUACGUUCUGUAAUAAAUCAGCACGAUCUUAGAGUAAUUAAAGGAUCCGAUGAAGCAUCUUCUCAUAUUAAAAAUAUUUAUGAUUAUCUACAAAAAAAGACGUUGGACGAGAAUAAAGACUUUUUCGAUAUACCUGAUAAAUUGUUUUCAUCUAUUCCUCAUUUUUGGAUUGAUAAUCAGAGGGUUCUUCAAAUUCUUUAUCCGAGACAUCCAAAUGCUGUAGACCUGUUUAGAAGUCAAUGGUCACUAGGAAUACCUGUUAUUGCUUCCAAUUGCAAUAGUUAUAUUGAUGAUGAAUUAUGGCAUCCUAAAAGAUUCACAGAAGAAGUAGGAAACAAGAAAGCAACCCUAGUUAACUGCAGAACACACGAGAUCAUUGAAGACCAACUGAUUUCUGAGUUUUGGGAUGGAUUUGAAUGCGAAUCGGCAAGAAUGCCAGAUAUUCGAAACAAAAAAGAGCACCUUAUUCUGAAAUUAAAAGAUUGGCCUCCCACAGAAGACUUUGCCAAAAUCUUACCUAAGCAUUUUAGCAAUUUAAUGGAAGCUCUCCCAUUUCCAGAGUAUACUCAUCGAGAUGGUGUCUUCAAUUUAACAUCACGUCUGCCUGACUUUUUUGUGCGUCCUGAUUUGGGCCCAAAAAUGUACAAUGCAUAUGGUAGUGCUAAAUACCCCAAUGAAGCAACAACCAACUUACAUUUAGACGUGUCUGACGCCGCUAAUCUUAUGCUCUAUGUUGGAAUUGUAAAAGAUGAUGCUAAUUGUAAUCACCAUAACGUUGUUAUGAACGCUUUGCGAAAUGAAGGUGUUUGCAACAUUCAAAUUGAAAGAGCUCAAAAAGAAAUUCCAGGAGCCUUGUGGCAUAUCUUCGACGCAGACGACGCUGACAAAAUACGAGCUUUCUUAAGAAAAGUGGCACAAGAAAAAGGUGAGAAAAUAGAAGCUAAUCAUGAUCCCAUUCACGACCAGAGCUCUUAUCUUGACGUCAACUUAAGAAAAAGGCUAAAAGACGAAUAUGACAUCGAAGGAUAUUGCUUAGUUCAGUUUCUAGGUGAUGCUGUUUUUAUUCCAGGAGGUGCACCUCAUCAAGUUAGAAAUUUACAUUCUUGUAUUAAAGCAGCUGAAGACUUUGUAUCUCCCGAGCAUCUUCAUCAUUCUUUCCGAUUGACUAAUGAAUUUCGUCAAUUAUCGGAUACACACUCAAAUCACGAAGAUAAACUGCAAAUUAAAAAUAUAACGUAUCAAGCGAUAAAAGACGCUGUUGCUGUUCUUAAGAGAUAAGAAAAAAUAACUGAUACAGCUCUGCUGAUUAACUAGUUUGCCUUUGUUUUAAAAUAGUUUAUGUGGAUGUUUAAAUCAGAACAAAAUAGCUCGAAUAGUUUUAUAUAUUAGUAUAUAUAUAUAUAUACGUAUAUUGUAAAUAACGCCUUAUCAUUUUUUAAGAAAUACUUAAAUGUCAGUAGUUUUUUCAAUGAAAUUCUCUUGAUAAUGGAUCUAUGUAAAA